AAAUGUCAGAAUGACGCUCAAAUGACAUAUUUGGCUUGUGGUUGACAGCUAGAGCUUAACCGCACCAAUCAGGAACUGUAGACAAUGAUCUUUCUCGGAAAUCAUAGAAAAUUAUUCAUCAUCCAGUAUUUCCUAGAACCCAUUGGGAAAUUUCCCUGUUGACUGGUUAUAAAAUUCGUGUCGAUUGAAAAUCGCAAUUCGUGGUUAUCUGAAGACAAGCUAACGUUCUUAUCCCUCUCAAAAGGAAUUUGCUUUGUAAGAGCUUUGACAGUAGGUUAUGGCAGCCGGCGGAACAUCAUCACCAACUCCUGCUGGUCUCAGUGGACCCUCAGUGGCGGACCUCUCGAAAGAAAAAACGAAUGGGACAAGGUUGGCAAGACUGCUUAUUGACGAAGGAACAAAGGUUUUAAUGAAAUUCUUCCAUUCUAUGCAUCCAGAGUCAACCUUACAGAACGCAUUGAACAACAAUCGCCCAAAGCUCGAUGGGCUGAGGCGGAAGCAAGUAAUAUUUGAUGAACAGUGGGAAAAAUUGUUUCCUACCUCAGGUAAACCGCCAGACUCGAAAGACUUUGACAUCACCCUCUUACACUUACUACUCCGUGAAAUUUGUCAUCUAACGGCUCCUUCGACUGGAUGGCGCAAAAUGCCUGCCGACACUGAUGCCAGCCCUGAAGCCAGCAUCGUGCGUAUCAAAUGCUAUAGAAAUGAGCUUUGCCACAGUGUUUCUAUAGGAGUUCCGAAUGACGAAUUCGAAGACAAAUGGAAUAAAAUAUCUUCAUCUUUGGAAGUACUUGAGGUUGCCGCCCAUCGGAAGAAACUACAGUCCCUGAAGAGUGCUACCACCGAUCACGAAGCUCAAUUGGUUGAAGAGGAACUCGAACAAUGGAGGAGGGAGAAAGAACUUGAGGAGAUUGGAAAAGUCUCUGAACUCUCCAGUUGUCUUCCUGAUGACUUUUCAGAAGAACAUGUUAUCGGCCGUGGUGAUCAAAUACAAGACAUCAAAGAAAAAGUUCAAAGUGGAACGGCUCCUGUAAUUCUGAUCACUGGUGGACCAGGAUUCGGAAAGACGACCGUAGCAAAGCGAGUGGCCUGUGAAUUAGCCAAACCCGAGAAUGAAAGAACUGUGUUGUUUUGUAGCUUAUCAUCAAAGACUACUUUCAACGAAACGACUAUGGAAAUGAUCAACUCAUGUCGUAAAGUGGUCAACACGCAGGUACCAGAGAAUCCGGGGCAGUGGCUCAAAGACUGGAGCAAACAAAUUCAAGAGCAGGUCACUUUUGUUCUUGACAAUGCAGAUGGUGUCAUCGAGUCUGAAGAUCGAGAAUUGUUCCUCAAUUUCUUACGUGAUGUAAGAAUGUUUUCGCCACAAAAUGUCACAUUUGUAAUAACUACAAGAAGAACAUUUCAAAAUACCGACCUGAAACCAAAAGAAGUCAGGCUACGCGAGUUGUCAAACGAACAGGCCAGAAAUCUUCUAGUUGCUCAAGUUCACCUCCACGAACAAGGUUUCCAGCAACAACUCUCUAAAGCAGAGCGCAUUGUAGAACUUUGUGGCUGUGUUCCUCUGGCCUUGUGCGUUGUUGGAUCUCUGCUUUCAGAUUACACCGAAGAAACUCUUAUUAAAAAACUGGAGAAAGAACCACUUGCUGUACUAGAAGACGAUGAAGGAUCUGUAGAAAAGGCCCUCAAGACCUCUUUUGAUCUAUUGACUGAAGCUGGACAAGAAGCCCUCGUUCUAAUGUCAACUUUCCAGGGGUCUUUUGACUCAAGUGCUGCCGAGGCUGUAAUGAAAGCGUGCUCAGUUCCUGGAAUUCAGCCCAUCAAGAUUAUUCGCUCCUUGAAAAAGAGUUCGCUCAUCGAGCAACCAAGUUCCCAGAGGUAUCAAAUGCAUCCACUCAUUCACUUGUAUGCAAGGAAGAUUGGUCAAGCCAAGUAUGCCGAUCUUUUAGCUAAUGGAGAAAAAUUGGCCUGUGUUUAUUACAUUUCUUGCCUUGCGAACAACGCCGAAUUGUACUGGAAAAGAGGCAGCUGCAAAGAAUCCCUCUUUUUAUUCAACAAGGACAGAAAUAAUUUCGAGCAUUUUCUUCGCAUUUACGCCCAAGGAAGGGAGGAAAAGGAUGUAGAAAUUAUGCCUCAAACUCUUUUGGAGAGUUUUCCACAGAAGUGCAUGUAUUUGGAAAGGUGUCUUCAUCCAAAGAAUUAUGCCCAGUUCCUUGAACAGUUACUGGACACAUUUGACUCAACUGUUCAGCCAAUGCAUGUUGUAGAACUUUCGUGUCUUCUUGGACAUGAAUAUAGGAAGAAAGACCAAAAGAAGUACAGCGAACUUAUGCAGAGAGCGGAAGAAAUUUAUCGCCUGAAUGCUGCGAAGUUUAAAGAAAAUCCGUUAUCAGAAGUUUACUUUCACAACAGUUACGCACGCUUCCUUUCCGAUAAAAAAGAUUCUAAAGAAAACCAAAGAAUUGACCAAGAGACUCAAUCAGCUCUACAUGUCAGCAAUGCAAGUCUGGGUGAACUUCAUCCGGAAACAGCAGCAACUCUUCUUCUUUCAGGAAUCAUUGCCAAGCGCCGUAAGGAGCGUGAUACAGCUACAAAACAGCUUACAAAGGCGUUAGAACUCUUCGAACGGUGCCUUGGUAAACAUUUUAUGACAGCCGAAGCCCUGAAGGCCAUUGCAGACCUUCGUUUGUUUCUCGGUGGAGAAACAAAAGAGGAAGAUGACUUAAAAUUUUGCCUCAAGUAUUAUAACGCAGCCAUAGAAAUGUUCGACGAUCUCGUCGAGGGUGGAAGCAAAGAAAGCAUCCUGACUUUGAAGAACUGCGCAGCUUGUCACCAGAAAAUGGGAAACUUUGAUGAGGCAAUGGCUUUAUUCAGAAAGGCAGAACAAGUUGCCGAGAGAGAAUUGGAAGAGAAUCACGAAUGGAAGGUCUUAAUCAAGACUACAUGGGCCAUGUUACAUGACGAGAUAGGAAACAAGGAUAAAGCGAAAAAAAUGAUGCUUGAAGGACUGUCCAUAGCCAAAAAACUAGACUUGCCAAUAGCAAAGAUGGGAAACAAAGACCCGAUACGAUCGUUUAUCAACCGUUAUUCAGAGGAUUUCCCUGAGACGGAAUUCCCAAGAGGAGAAAAGAAGAAAGGAAAAAGAAGAUGAGAGGGAAAAAGAAGAACAGCAGUUAAGAUUCACAAUAAUAAUUUCAAGAAAGGUGAAGGUGUCUGGCCAUAAAUGUAUUUGCAAGGGACUAUAAGGAACUGACUUAUAAACAAGGCAUUUCUCAAGUUCCCAAAGCUCCAAAUAUUUUUCGAAUAUUUCUUCAUUUUUCUCUAAAAGAAAAUGCUUCUAGGAUCAGAUUCCUUGAGUAAAUCACGCCGGUAUACGGCAGUAUGAAAAGAAUAACGAAGAAGAAUUACACAAUUUUUUAACUAAUCCGCCACAUAACUGACGAUAAGGUAUUGAAUACUUUUUUAAUCUAACUUCUGUUAUUUGAUCAGUCAAGCUUUCUGGAGCCUAGAAGAAAGAGCCGCACUAUCCUGCAAUUAAUUCAUUAGAUUAAGGUCGGCUUUCCCUCCUAAACCUUGGGUUGGAAGGGCAAAUGGAGCAAAACAGUCGCUGACAAGGAGAGGAAUCGAUAUCUGUUAUGUUCUUCCACAUGGGACAGAUGUCGAGAAAGGACGGGUUACUCUUCAUAUGCCUCCUCGACAACUAAAUUCGAUUAGAGUGCUUACAUAUCACAAUGUAAAGAUUACCCCUGUGUUGUCAGUUUCUUAAGCAAAUUCAUCAUGCCGUUUGUUCUUAAUCUUAGAAGGCUCGUUAACGUCUUUAACUCGGGAUAUUUUCAUGAUCAAUGCUAUCUGCAUUAUGAAAUGCUUUCUAUCCUCAAGAGAAAUAGGCUUUUUUUAAUCAAUCGAAUAAAUAGUCUUAAUUAUUUGCACUCCGCACUCUUAUUGGCUUUGGACUUGACGUGCGAGAGGUCGCAGCCAGUCUACUAAAAUAAAUAAUGUCUCAUGGAAACUUAAUUAGUCACGUCUGAGAACUUGGCAUAACAAUUUUGUGGCCAAGAACUUUGACGCAAUUAACCAUGUUGGUUUGUUAGAAAUAAAAGUUUUACA